CUCCUUCCUCACACGUAAAACUUGGUUCAUUCAUGGAACUCGCUGCCGCAAGGCGUGGCAAUGGCUGUUGGACCAAAUGGCUUUCAGAGGGAACUGGAUGAAUUCAUGGAGUGGGAGCAAACAGCACCAUCCUCAACAGCUAAGAGAUUGGGGGGGCACAUGGAACCUCCAUGGACAGAACCAGUCUAUGUCUGAGUACUACAUGAUGGAAGGCAAACAGCAGGGGAGGCAGCCGUUCACUUCAUGUGCCUCUUUGUGGCUUCCCAGAGACAUUUGGCUGGCCACUCACGGCAGCAGGAUGCUGGGCUUGCUGGACCCCAUUUGGUCUGAUCCAGUGGGGCUCUUCUGAUGCUCUGAGAGCUCCUGAAAGCACAGCCGUCCCUUCCGUCCCUGGGGACAUUUAAAGAUACCUUCUCAGUGUGAACCAGGAAAUGACCUAUCCAGACUUUUAGACUUUUCUCUGUGCCCUGCUAAUGUUAAUGGGUCUUUUCUCCCAUCCUCCUUUUCCACAACACUCCCUUCCGUUCCGCUCUUGCCUGGGUUUCCACUUUGCCUCCCUCAACCAUUCUGCAGCCUCUGUAUGAGGUCACCCAAGCGGGCGCCAUCAAAGCUUGGACCAAGUGAAGAGCACUACGCGGCCAGCACAGGACAAGUGGGCUGGCUCCAGAUCUGUCUCCAAAAAGCCGAAAGCCCAACCCAGGCCGACAUUAAUGGCUUCUCUGCCCUGCACAUGGCUGCUUUGUACGGCCGUCUGGACUGCAUGCAGAUGCUGAUUGAGAAGUUCAAAGUCGACGUGGACUUGGCCAGUGUGACUGGCUGGAGGCCCAUCCACCUGGUGCUCAGCAAGGAAUGCGGAGGGAUGGCGCUGGAGUGCCUGCAGUACCUGAUCAAGCAAGAAGCAGACAUCAAUGUGCAGAACCAAAGUGGGGUGUCUCCACUUCACAAGGCAGCCAGUGAGGGGCGUGAAAAGUGUCUCCGUCUGCUGAUUCAUGCCGGGGCCAAUGUACACAUCAAGGAUAAUGAGGGUCAGAAGCCCAUUGACCUGUGCAAAAUGUGGGGCCACAGGAGCUGUGCUAAGUAUAUCUCCAGUGCCAUGUGGAAAGCAGACAAGGCACACUUCGCUCGGGAGGUCAUCAGACUGAAACAAAUAAAAAUAGCCUGUGAGAUGCGGAAAAAAGAAUUUCUUAAAAGAGAGGAGAUGGAAAUAGACUUCUGUAACAACUUGGCAUUUGAACAGUGGCUAGAAAAAAAGCAUUUGCCUGCGCCUCCUCAUAAGAUCCUGCACUGUCUGGACAACAGGCGUAAGUCUGUGGUUCUCCGUAAAGCUACAGGGAAAAAGAUCAGCCCAGUCCCCUCCCUCCAAGAAGUGCUCCCAAGAGAAAUCACUGACAUUUACACACUACAGAAAGACCGACGAUGUCGGCCAUGGAACUUCAGCACCAACCUUUCCUCUGUGCCAGUCACGCACAUCUUCCGGCACAACACGGUCCGGCUGGGAGUUCACCCAGAGAAGCCUCUGGACCCUGACUUCACCUCCUUCCUGUUCCUCUUCAAGAAUGCCUUUGGCGAGACCGAGAUCCAGAUUGACAACAUGGGCAAGGUCUUGCCUGUGCCUGACCUGCCCUUUGAGGUCAUCAAGAAGAGCCUUUUUUCUGCUGCCCGGGCUACCCGCUUGGAUGUCCCAAAGGAUCUCAGACCCCUACACAUCUUCAAUUUGCAGCACAAGCGUCAGCUGGGCUUUGAGAAUAAGUGGACAGACCAGAUGGCCCUGAGCUUGAGGCAGACUGCUGACCCGGCCUUUAGAGGCACACUGGAGACCCACCUCGCCACCUACAGUGACCCCAACAUGCUGUCUCCGAGGUUGGGGUCCGAUAGGGCCAUUUGCAAAGACAGCUCAUCCUCCACCCAAAGCAACGUCAGUAGCUGUCAAGACUGACCCUUUGGGUAGUUUCUUGUCUUUUUUAAAAAGUGCCUGCCUGAGUUCUGCAGCAGAACCCAGCAGGAGUGGAUGUAACCCUAUACAGCUGGAGGGCAUUAAUCUUUUUGUGAAGGGAAGUUAUUCAGCAUUUCCCCACACUAGCUAUGAAACUAUUUAAACCAUUAAACCAGCUCAUCUAAUAGACAUUGUUGUAUAUCAUCCCUGGAUGACUAACAGUCAAGGGGGUCCAUGUGUUUGGCCAGGAUCACAAAACAUAAGACAGGAUCUUGUAUAGGAUCUGGUAUUAAUAUUUCUAGUCCUUAUGAGAAUCAUUUAUGCCAUGAGUUAUCCUGAAAUAACUCCCUUUAACUGGCCUUGAGUUCUCAUGCAUUCAGAUUAGGAAUCGACUGUGACUACCUGGAAACGGCUUGUUGGAUAACUGGUGGUUCCCAUCCCACCUGUGUGUCACUGUGUGUAAAGUGACCAGGUAAAGUCAGGAUGGUGCAUACGGUUCCCUCCACAACCCCUUUAUCCUCACAACAACUCUGUGAGGCAGGUGCAGUUAAGAAAUGGUGACUGGCUGCAAAGGUCACCCAGUAAAAGUGACUCUAACCACUAUGCCACACUGGCUCCAAGUACAAUGUGAUAUGAAGGAAGAGCACAAGCAGGUGUGGCAAACACCUCAAAAUUCAG